GCACUCGCGGCAGCCGCGGAGUCUCUUAGCCGGGCGGGGCCGGACGUGAGCGCAUUUCCGAGAGGAAGGAUUUAGGAAGAGGGUCGCCGUCCGCGAAGUGGGAAGAUGGCCGCUAGUAGUUCUACUCCUAGGACACCUGUAUUGUCCAUGAGUGCAAGAAAAAUUAAAGAUAAUGCAGCAGACUGGCACAACCUAAUGAUGAAAUGGGAAACCUUGAAUGAUAAUGGAUUUUCUAUUGCCAACAAGAUUGUGAACAUCAAAAAUGCUACACAGCUUAAAGACAGCAAUUUGGAGAUAGAACAUGAGGAUCCCUCUGACAGUGAAAGACUGCCACUUAACUAUAACAUGGAAUUGGAGCAGUGCUGUACAGAACUACUUGGGACUUUUAAAAAAAUGGCUAAAAUACAUGAGAAAAUGGAAAAACUGUGUUCAACAACUAAAGGGGUCUGUGACUUAGAAGCAUAUCAUCAUGCAGCAGAACCCAAGGCACCGUUAUUUCACACGUGGCCUAUUUCCCAUUUCCAUGAUGUCUCGAUCAAGCUCUUAGAUAUGUAUUCGCAAGAACUGAAACUCAAGCACACCAUUGUGGAAGAAAUUGCUCAUACGGCUGACCAAGAUCUACUGAUGGUCUAUUUAUCAUCAUGGUUAUAUCAGCCCUACAUUGACAAUAACAACAUAGUUCUGUUAGAAAGUAUGUUGUUAGAAACAGGGCAUAGACAGCUAUAAUUGUACCUAUUUAUUUGAUAUUUCAAUUCACCUUAAAUUUCAAUCUUUUAAGUAGCAAGAUAUAUAGUGCUAAUAUUGUUAUGGAUUUAUGAUUUUGUUACACUUACUUGCUUGCAGCUUAUUUAUAAUAAAAGUUCUUACUUUCUUAUGAUUUAUACCUCUUUUUGUUCUAUAUUAUACCACAAAGCACAAUUGUCUUUUAUUUCGAAGUAUAUUAUGAGCAAUAUGGUUAUUUUCAGAAUACUUUGUAGUUUAUCUGGGUAUGUAACUGGGCUGUCAGAAAAUUAGUUACAUCUAAGUAGUUUAAUCCUUCCCUAACAUUCAUAAUGUGUGAAUAUGUGAGAAUAGUUUCCUCAGUCUCCUCAAACUGGAUAAAAGAUAUCAAGGAAAAAACUACAAUCAUGUAUACUUCUCCACUCAUAUGAAAAUAAAGCUGCAUAAUUAUGUUUUACAUAAAUAUAUACAAUUUGCAGAAGGCAUAGUUUCUCUACUUUCAGACUCAUAUCUUAGUUAAACAUUACUACUGGCAUAUAACUUAUGACUUUUUAAGCGAUUAAUACAAGAAAACAAGCAAUAGAGU